GUCAUGCUCACGCUCACACUCAGCCUCGAUUUACUCCCCGCGGCGCUUCGAAAUCUGUUCUUGGCAGGCGUCAAAGUCGAGCGCUAGAGGAGGGGGCGGCGGCGACUGACGGGCGAAUGAUCACCUGCAGCAGCCUCGCAGCCAGCACCGCCCGCACCCUUCCGCUCUGUCCCCCUCUGCUCUUCGAUCUCUGUCUCCCCGCCGCUCAUCGCCAUGAAUUUCUGCGAUGCCAAGAGCUCAUCGGAGCGACCCUGCUUGCUCAACGUUCGUGCCGGUGUUUUAUCUUUGUCUCUUCUGGCACUCUCCCACACAGUCGUCCCCUGGCAGCAUUCAGUCGAUUCUAUUUCCUUUCACGGUGACCAACCCUUCGCCAUCGACUGCGCACGUACCCUCUCUCUUGCUCAAUGUCCGCUGAACCUGGCAAAUCGUCAUCGCCGCCAGCAUCGCAGGCUAUGGCUCCCGUCGAAUCCUCGACGACAGCUCACGAAGACCAGCCCGCAGCAGCAGCAUCCAAGCCAACCACCGAGACCACCGACGUUGAGGCAAGAGCUAGUCAUGACGAGUCACGGUGCGAGACGUGUGGAGAGGACAAGAUCAAAGGCUACAAGGACGUGCUGGAAGCCAUCAAGUUGGCUUGGGUCAAGCAACGCCGCCACCUCUUUGUGUCGUGGAUCCAAGUACCGGUGGGCUGCUGCUUCAUCCUGGUCGUAGCAUGGGCACUUAACCUUGCCAUGGACGCUGCACCUUUCCGCUUUCCCGGCCCCGUGCUCGGCACCAUCGUCUUCUUUGCCCUACUCCUCUUCCUCGACUGGCUGAGCAUCAAGUUCCCGGGCAAGCAGCCCGAUGCUGACCCAGAGAAGGGAUCUCAGCGUCCCCGCCAGCGUAAGCGCUUCGUCGAGCCCGUGAUGGCGCUGCUAGGACCCCCUUGCGACUUCCUACUCCGUAACAUGUCCUGUCUCUUCACGCCCGCCUUCGUCCUCAUCCCUGCCCGCGAGUCGAUCCCAGGCAAGGAGAUUGGGCUGCUAGUCGUGUGGUUCCUCGCCACGCAGGUCCUCGCCUACGUACUGCCCGUUUUCUUCGUACGAGCCGUCGAAUGGGUCUGGGGAGCACCGAAGCGCACCCGUCAGCUGCGUCAACGCAAAGAGGAGCAGGAGAGGCGCAACUCGACAAUUACUAUGCCUGGCCUCGAGUGGGAGAAGCGCAGGUCCUACGGCGGAGGUGACCGACUCGGCCCUAUUGCCACGGGCUUGAGCGGCCUCACCGCAGUCGUUGUUGCCCCAGUCAGCCACGUCAACAUGGAUCGUGAUGAGAGCGAGCAAGAUCAGUACCGCCACAUCGCCGGGGUCGAGCUCGAAGUGGCCAGGCAGCAAGGUGAUCCCUUCAUGGCCACCUUCGACUCGCACAAGGGUUACCCUCGCUCGGACGUGAGCGCUUUCCUCCAUCCGUCACCUCAUGCGCAUCUCCACCACCUUCAUCAUCAUCACCGCAGCACCAGCGGGAGCCGUGUGCGAUCCUCAUCUGCGCCGAGGAGCUCCUCGAGAAGGCGACCAGCCUCUGCGGGCAGGGAUCGACUCGGUACGGCAGGUAGCGACGCUCAGCGAUCAGAGAGGCGAGGUAGGUCCGGCAGGCCGGGGUCAAGCCGUCCAGGUACUGCUCCUCAGGACGGACCCGUGCCGCCGCCACUGCUCCGCAACGCAGUCACCUUUGACGAGGGGUUUAGCUUCGGACGACGCCAAGGUCCAGGGCAGCUUUCAGACGGUGAUCCCAUGGCACGAGACGUUGCGCCGGAAGUAGCUCCGGAUAUUGCACCAGACGCGGGCCCAUCUUCCCCUCCCCCCGCUGCCCUCAUUGCACCUCGAGUUGCCUUCAUGCCUCGACCCCUCGAGGCAGAGGAUAGGGACGGUAUCGAAGUCCUGCAGGACAACACCGCCGUGAACACCCGCCGCAACUCGCCCGACCUCGCCAUUCCACCCACUGCCAUCUUGACAAAUAAGUCAGACGCCUCAGGCAUGACCCUUAGCUCCAACGAGAAGGCCGGGCAGACCUCCACCGGAGAGCAGGUACUGCCUGCAGCUGCCAGUAAGAAAGUCAACGAUGCCGAUCAAGGUGCAAGCGACGACAAUGAUGAAGACGAUGAAGACGAAGAUGACGACGCCUCGUCCUCCUCCUCAACGUAUGGCCCUGACGCUAUCGAGCGCCUCGCCGACUGGAUUGGCGACCUCAUCACCCCAACGGCGUACUUCAUUCUCUUCAUCGUUGGUCUACCACUCUGGUUCCUCUACGACUUUGCCCUCGCGCUGCACUUGGCCAUCAACAUCCUGACCUUUUGGCUCGCCAUCACGGUCGUGCCGGCGAAGAUUCGUCGUUAUGCGCAUCCCAUCCUCACGACGGCUAUUGCAACUGUCCUCCUCAUCUGGGCCUUUGGCGAGAUGCGAGGUCAAUCCCUCAAGCAGACUCUCACUUACUACGACCGUGACGCCAAAUUUGACGAGCUGUGGCGUCCCUCACCCCGCUACACCGGUCCUGUCCCUGGAGCAGCCGAUGUCCUCUCCUCCCUCCUCGACGCCGGUAUCGUGGCCCUCUUCGUGCCGCUGUACCGCUAUCGCAAGGACCUCAAGGAGUGUGGCACGCGCAUGUUCGUCGCACUCCUUCCCUGCGUGGGGCUCUCCCUCUUCUUCUGGCCCACAAUUGCCGCCCUCAUUGGACUGGACCAGAGUCGGGCUCUGGCGUUUGCAGCUCGCUUCCUCUCUACGCCUCUGGCUAUUGAGUUGAUCGAGACGCUCCGCGGUGACGAAAGCAUGACGGUCAUUCUCGUCGUCAUCACAGGUAUCGUGGCUGCUGUGCUCAAGGAGCCCUUUUUCAAGCUGAUGCGAGUAGACAUGGACGAGGACUACCUCAUUGUGGGAGUGACUUUCGGCGCUACAUCGGGCGCCAUUGGAGCUAGCAGUCUCAUUGCUAGGCCGAGGGUCAUGGCUGUGGCCAGCUUGGCCUUCGUCAUGUUCGGCGCCAUGUGCCUCAUCGCCGUGGCUAUCCCACCCAUCGUUGAGGCUGUGAGGACCCUGGCUAGUCUAUAAAGAGACAAUCGUAGCUUGGCCGACUUGUACAUAGAUAAUGACCGAUCACGAUCGCCGCGAACAUGCAUUUAAUUGUAGCCCCAUUCAUC